AUGGCCAGAACUGUAGCAACAUUUAUUGCCUUGGGCGCAGAUAUCUUCGCCCUGGAACGAAUGAUGCGCCUCAUGCAGGCCGUUGGCCUCAUCCUGACCUCGUACGCGGGCCUCCUCGCCCUCGCGCAGCCCUCGCACCUCGCCGGGCAGCACCUCGCCACGCACCACACGCUGCUGGCGCUGCAGGACUGGCUCAACGUGACGCGGCGGAGCCUGCGCACGUUUUGGUUCCUGCGGGCCUUUGAGGGCAGCUACGCGCAGUACCAGGCCGCCGCGGGCGGCCUUGGCGUCGAGGACCUGCUCGACGUCGUGGCCGGCUCGCUGCUCGGCCUCUUUGGCCUCCUCGAGACCGCCACGCUGCCAGACCUGACGCGCGUCCCGGGCCUCGCCGUCUUUGGCCCCGAGCACACGCGCCGCCUCAACAUGCAGGCCCAGGCGCUGUGGUUCCUGGCCCUGCUCGCCGGCGUGCUGAGCGCCGCCGUCCGCGUCGUGCGGCUGCUGGCCGAGCGCGCCGUGCCGCGCCCCGCCGACUUUGGCGUCGAGGGAGACCGCCGGGAGAAGAGCGGCGGUGGCAGCAAGGAGGGCCUGGCAAGGAAGAGGGAGGCGGAGAGAAGACGGAGGGUCGACAAGAAAGAGGCGGCUAGGAAGAGGAGGGCGCAGAUCUCGGCGCUCACGCUCAAGAUUGUGAAUGACACACUGGACAUGGUCAUCCCGGCUAACAUUUGCGGAUGGUCUAACUUUCACCCGGGCCAGGUCGGCAUCGCCAUGGCGAUCACGUCUCUGAUCACGCUGCGUGGUCACUGGCAACGUUGCGCCAGAGCUCUGGAAUAA